AGCCGUCACGUGCCGGAGCGUCCCGGGCGCCUGGCUGUGGGCGGCGGGGCAUGGACCCUCAGGCAGCCACCGGUCGGGGCUCGGACGAGCCGAGUUCGCAGGAGGCCCCCAGCGCGGAGGCUGGCUUUGCCACAGCUGACCUCUCUGGUCGAGAGACGGUGACCUCGCUGGCCGUGGAUCGACUAGCCAGUGGCGCUCAGUGCAUCCCUACUGACAUCCCUACCCAUGCCGAGGGCCCAAGUUGUGAAGAGGAAGGCUUUGCAGUGGAGAAGGAAGCGGAUGGGGAGUUGUAUACCUGGGAGCUGCCCGAGGGUCCGCCCUGCAUGCCCGUGGAACAGGCUGCCGGUCUUUUUAAUGAGGACUGGGACUUGGAGCUGAAAGCGGACCAGGGGAAUCCUUACGAUGCUGAUGACAUCCAGGGGAGCAUUUCCCAAGAGAUUAAACCCUGGGUGUGCUGUGCACCGCAAGGAGACAUGAUCUAUGACCCCAGUUGGCACCAUCCACCUCCACUGAUACCACAUUACUCGAAGAUGGUCUUCGAAACAGGACAGUUUGAUGAUGCUGAAGACUAAAAGUGCCACUUUCUGCAGUGGGGGAGUUUCUGUGUCCUCCAGAUCAGGAGUUGUUUCCUGUGUUUUAAGUGAGAUACUCUUUCCAAGGCAUCGUUCCCAGUGACGCCUCUGUGGGCAACAGACAGGCAUUAACUGGGGCAUGUUGUUGUUGUUGUUGUUGUUAAUGGACUCUGGAGUGUGUUGGAAUUUUCGUCUGUGUCAGAGUUGUGUUCUUUAUAAAUAAAGUUAGGGAAAAAUAA